UUGAAAUUAGCUAAUGAUAGCCCUUUUUCAAAGAUUUUAGGUCUUACACUGGAGCACCAAAGAAGAGGACGUUCAAGAUGUUCAGUUUCAGAGGCGUGGAUCUCGAUGCACUCUUGGACAUGUCCACCGAUGAAGUCGUUAAGCUCUUCACUAUUCGUGCUCGCAGAAGGUUUCAGCGCGGUUUGACUCACAAGCCUAUGGCACUCAUCAAGAAGCUGCGUAAGGCGAUUCCUUGCUAUUUUCAUUCCAAGUACAAGUCAAAGAUAUUUAGCACCUAUACUGAUAUUGGCACAUCUUGCAAAAUCCCUUAUGGCCAUGGAUCCAUUUAUAGAUUCUUCAGCCAAGAUGUUGUAAAAGUUGGGGAUAUCGUCAUCAAAGACCAAGUCAGUAUUUUACCCUCUUUAUUUUAUUUUAUUUCGAACGGUGUUAUUAAGUUUCAUAUGCUUUCUUUUAAAAUGGAAAGAAUCUUUCAAAUCUCACAUAUUCAUAGUUUAACAAGCAUAAGCUAAUAAAAGAUAUUUCAAUAAAAAAAUGUUAUUAAGGUAAAGUAGAAUGCACAGAAGAGGAUGAGACAUCGUCACAUAAAUUGUAUUAAGUAAAGACUAGAUGUAAAGAAUGCUUAUAUCCAUAGAACAGAAGACAAGUGCAACAUCACCAUUAUUCCAAAUCUCUUAUGUAAAGAAUGCUAAAACAACCAAAUCAGAGAAAAACAAAUGAAAUCUAAAAACUACAAAAAGGAUAUAUAUAAAAUCCAAAAUGAUGCAGUAAACAACAGAACAAGUGAUAGAUCAGUCACACACAUCAUAUUAUCACAAUUAAUAAAGUGCACUAUUUUCUUCCUUAUGCCACUGCCAUGGGGAAGCACAGAUCUUGCAACCCUUAAAACACCAAAUAUAAUAGCAUCUAAAUUUCAAAGGCCAUAGAAAGCAAUAAAUUCGAGAAACAACACACGCAAUAACUUCAAAAAAUAUUUCAAUUGGAGAAGUCAUACCAGUAUGGUAACUUUUGUUUAUUUGAGUGUUUCAAUAAUUCACAUAUUUUUUCAUUUUUCUCUUAUCAUAUAGUUAUUAAACAAUAUUGCAUGAUUAGUGGUGUGACUAGUUUAAAGUACGAUUCUUCAAAAGAGUGAUUAUUUCUAUGAAUAUAGGUACAAUAUGAUAGAUCAAGGGUACAUAUAUCAAAAUGUUUUCUCUCUUUGGCUAAAUAAAGAUCCAAUGGCAGAGAUAGGGGGUGAGAUUGUUUUUGGUGGUAUUAACUCGAGACACUUUAGAGGUGAACACACUUAUGUUCCAAUAUCUCAAAAGAGUUACUGGCAGGUUAAUUCUAGAUUUAGAACUUCAUCUCUAAUACUCCUCAUCAACCAUGUCAAUAUUAACUUUUUCUCUUAUACCUUCAGAUUGAUGUUGGAGAUGUUCUACUUGCAAAUAGAUCAACAAGUUCUCUUAUAUUUCUGUGAUUUCUAGCAAGAUAUUUAAGCUAUAUACAUUGUUUGUUUCACUAUUUCUUAUGUUUAUGAUUGGAUAUGAAUACUAUGUUUCAAGAUAUUAUAAUAGUUACUAAACAUUGCAUCUUAUUAGUAAGUUACCUAUCUAUUGCUAAGUUUUCUAAGAAAGGCUAUUCAAGAAGAGGAAGAAGAAGAAGAAAAAGAAAAACCUCCGUAUGCAAAUUUGGAAGAAGAAGAAGGAGGAGGAGGAGAAGAAGAAGAACUUGCGUGUGCAAAUUUGGAAGAAGAAGACAUAGUAAUUGUGGAUUCAGGAACCUCUUCAAUUG